UAGCCAUGUCGUCUCUAAUCCAAAAGGUGAUCAGCACCACGAAAAGCCCCAGGCCCAUUGGUCCCUACAGUCAAGCUGUGUUAGUCGACCGGACUGUGUACGUUUCAGGGCAGGUAGGCCUGGACCCUUCAAGUGGAAAGCCUGUGCCAGAAGGGGUGGUGGAAGAAACAAAACAAGCUCUUACAAACAUGAUUGAAAUUUUGAAAGCAGCAGGCUGUGACUUCACCAAUGUGGUAAAAGCAACUGUCUUUCUGACUGACAUGAAUGACUUUGGUACUGUCAAUGAAGUCUACAAACAAUUUUUCAAGAGUGAUUUUCCAGCUCGAUCUGCUUACCAGGUUGCUGCCUUACCCAUAGGAGCCCAUGUUGAAAUUGAAGCUAUAGCUAUCCAAGGGCCUCUCACUACAGCUUCGUUAUAAGUGGCUUCAGUGUGCUUUACUCGGGGGUUUUCAUCCUAUCUUUAACAUUAAUUUUUACAAAUGGAUGGUUAUUGUGGAAAUUCCAUACAUAGGAAAGAUUAGAUAAUGAAAAUGUUGAAGUUACUGAUGCUAUAAAUUACACUUUUGUAUACUUAUAUGGCUAAUUACACGUGUACAGAGACAUUAAUUACGUAGUUCAAAUAACUAAAAUAAAGGAAAAUAUAUUAUUCA